UACUGCAGAAACACCCUGGCCGUACAGCUGAAAAUAUCACUGCUUGAUUCCUUCCCAGCAGACCGUGGUGCUCUUAUAAUUCCGAUGGUCCUGAUACGGCAGAGCUUGAGCGGCUAAAGAAGAGGGGAGGAGGGAAAGCCCCAAUUUAGAAGUUCGUGGACAUGUGGCCCUUCAUGUCACUGCAAUGAUCUCAGUGGGACGCUGCUAUUAGGAGCCUCAGAGGGUUCGUGUAGUCGCAGUGGUGACUGAAGUGUAGCAUAAAGGUAGCAGGUUUUACAUCAGCCUUAGUGGGGACCCGUACCAGUCUCUGUCAGCACGGAGCCACCUCCCUUGCUUCUCUGCGGUCCUGCUUUCAUGCAUCUUUUGCAGCUGAGGCUCUGAAAUACCGGAGGACACUGUAUCUUCCUCAGGGACACGGACGAGGGGGAGCUGGAGCUGCUGGGGAGCUCGGAAAGGAAUUGUGGUUGGUGGUCGCCUGAGGAACUUACCUUCCCACCAAUGUUGCUCUGAAACAAGUUGUGUCCAGCAUUCAGGUUUGGUAAGAUGCCUCAGGAACAGUACGCGCACCGGAGCACCAUGCAGACCUCGGAAGGACCCCAGGUAUACAAAGUGGGGAUUUAUGGCUGGAGGAAGAGAUGCCUCUAUUUCUUUGUGCUGCUCCUAAUGAUUUUAAUCCUGGUGAACCUUGCUAUGACCAUCUGGAUUCUGAAGGUUAUGAACUUCACAAUUGAUGGAAUGGGGAACCUGAGAAUCACAGAAAAGGGUCUAAAGCUCGAAGGAGAUUCAGAAUUCUUGAAACCUCUCUACGCCAAAGAAAUCCGGUCAAGACCAGGCAACCCACUGUACUUCCAGUCUGCCAGAAAUGUGACAGUGAACAUCCUCAAUGAGAAGACUAAGGUCCUUACUCGCCUGGUUACAGGUCCCCAAGCAGUGGAAGCACACAGCCAAAAAUUUGAGGUGAAAACCCUCUCUGGAAAAUUGCUGUUUUCUGCAGAUGACAAUGAAGUGGUGGUUGGAGCAGAAAGAUUGAGAGUUUUAGGAGCAGAAGGCACAGUGUUCCCUAAAUCUAUAGAAACUCCCAAUGUCAGGGCAGACCCCUUCAAGGAACUAAGACUGGAGUCACCGACGCGCGCGCUGGUGAUGGAGGCUCCAAAAGGCAUCGAGAUCAACGCCGAGGCCGGCAGCUUGAAAGCCACGUGCAGGACAGAGCUCAGGCUGGAAUCCAAAGACGGAGAGAUAACGUUGAAUUCUGCAAAAAUCAAACUACCUAACUUGCCUCAAGGAUCUUCCUCUUCUGCAGGGUCCAGGCAAAAAAUCUACGAGCUCUGUGUGUGUCCCAACGGGAGGUUAUUUCUGUCUCAGGCAGGCAGUAGCUCGACCUGCCAGAUAAAUACAAGCGUCUGCCUUUGAGAGACAAUUUGCAGUGGGGCAUCGCAGGCAGCACAAAAGCCAGUUCUAGUCUCACAGAUUGCAGCUGCCAACUAUUUUUACUAGAACACAGAAAGCCUAUCAAAGACAUUUUUUUGUGUGUGCGCGCGCGUGUGUGUGAAUAUAUAUAUAAAAAAUAUAUAUAUUAAAAAUAUAUAUAUAUCCUCUGUGUAAAAUGAUGUUUCAGUACAAGGAAUCCCAGGGUGACCCUGUUACAUUUGUGUAGCAUUUCUCUUUCCCACACCAAAAUUUACUAAUACAAUCUGCUAAAUUGGACUUGACGCUUUGAUCUUGUUCUCAGAGCAAUGGGAUUGCUGGCUGGGCAAGACCCUGGAACCGAUGUAGACCCACCAACAUCCAAAGGGAAGAGAAGCAUCUCUGAUUAUUUUUGCACCAUGAAAUCAGUGGCAUGAAAAAAAACAAAAAGGAAAAAGAAUUGCCAGAUGUUCUCUACUGAUCAGCUAGAGUGACCCAAGAUACCUAAUGUUAAAUUACACUCUUCAAUUUCCACCUGAAGCAUGGCUCCCUAUUGGGAAAGACGGAUUGCACUUGGCUAGUAGAGAUAUCCAGAUCUUCUUGCUGGAGUAAUCAUGUAUUUUUCUGAAGGGGUUUGAGACUUGCCUGGGCAUGGCCGAGGGUGCCUUGUGUUAUUCAGAUGUGAGGCAUGAGCUCUAAGCCUGACCUCAAGUAAUCUAUGUGUGAACAAAACUGGUAUUGCAUUCCUUGGAAGGAAAAAAAAAUGUGAAAUUUGGACUAAACAAUAAAAUCCUGAACCUCCUUAGUUAACAGGUGUCCUGGCUCACCCUACACUCCUACCAUUAGCACCCGUAGUUUUUAAAAGAUUGAACAUACCAUGUGAAGGUGGAAAGAUUUAAGAUUUGGACGUUAGCUAUGAAAACCUCAAGAAACGAAGAAAUCUACCUAUUCUAUCCAUAGAAACAAAUAAAUUAAUACAAAUUAGAUGUGUAAUGUAGAUGCUGUGCCAGAAUUUUUGUCAUCUUUCUUAUCAGGCCGUACAGUCCAAGGUCACUUAGAUUUGGUGGAGACUGAAAAUAUCAGAGAUGCUGACAAUGAAACAGACCUCUUUUAUGGAUUUAUAGAGAUUGUGACAAAGCCAGGUUACUGGAAAGCAAGGGCUUUGGAUGCCGGAUCCUCUAGAAUUUGGGCCCCAAAAACUGUGGUUGCAUCUUUUCGUGGUUGCAUUUUUCCAUAUUUUAAAGUCCAGGAGUCACUUAUGGACAGGAUAAAAUGCAAAAUCUGAUCUGGUAACAUCACUUCCACUGUUCAAGUUUUGAAAAAUAAUAAGAGCCCAGAUCAUUGAAUUCUGACCCAUAAUUGCAUCCACAUGCAUAUAAAAAUCCUUGGAAAACAACUAUACUAAUUACCAAAAAAGUAUCAACCAGGACAGCAAGGUUUCUAAGCCACCGAGAUGCUUUUGAAAAUAUUACCUCAUGUGCAAAUAUGACAGAUCUAUACCCAUCCCAAGUGAUAUCUAAGCAAAGCUGGUGUUCUUCAAGCAAUCUUCAAGAUAAAAUGUAGCUCACAGAAAUCUUAGAAAUAAUUUAGCCUAUUUCUUUAUUACAGAUUUCCAUGUAUUUUCUUGUGAUCUGGAGAGUACCAGGGUUUGGUUUUUUACAUAUUUUAUUUUAAAUGAACAAUUCUGGCUUAAUCCAAAACUGACUGGACACAAAGGAAUGAUUUCUGUGGAGUUUAAGUUAGAUGUGUUGCUGCCUAACAAAGCAGCAGUCCCAUAAUUUCUUUUCUCCUGAAGGAGGAUCGAACGAUCCACUUUUAUUUCAGUAAUAUGUUCAGAUUAAUUAACAAAAUGCAACUAUUUGUUAACAAUGUCAUUAUUAUGUCUUGAGUAAACAUUUGAAUGCAAAGGGUCACCCAGGAUAACAAUUGUAUUGGGACACAGGACUAUACCAUCUCUGUUCAAAGAGGGGAAUUGUGCCUAUGCCUUAAGUCAAUGCACUCAGCAAGGAGAAGCACAUCGUAUUUAUCUUGUUAUUAAAACUAGUUUAUUUGGGGGGAGGGACAGGAGGGUGUCUUGGGAACCGGUUGUGCGACUUAAAACAGAUAUAUUAAUGAAAUGCAUCAAGACUGUGGGGGCACCUAGAGCGAUACAGACUUUUUUUUACCAUGUUAAAUAUAGCAAAAUACUGUGUACGUUACCUCUGGGACCACAGCUGAAGUCCCACUCAUAGUCCUGCAUUUACUGUAGAGUUUUUUUUCUCUGUUUCGUUUAAUACUGAUCACAAACCUUACAGCAAGCAUGGCCCAAUUCAUAAACAGAUCCCAUGCGAGCAGUUGUGAAGACACGUGCUGCAGGAAGAGUGCUCUGUACCGAAAAUGAGUUGCAUUAACCUCCCAAUCCCAGGAGGAUUAAUGCUGGUGAGAAAGGCAAUGCUGAGUGAAGGGACUGACCCAGCAGGGAUGCUGCAUCCCCAUUUCCGUGCUCCGCUCCCAAGAGGCUGGUGGUUCAGUCCUCAUCCUCGUGCUCCCUCUGCCAACAAAUUAAUUUUGGGUGGCUGGUCUUCUCAGCUGGGCUCUUGGAUGAGGUUAUCACCUUCUCAUAUCAUGAAGGCCAUGAAACUGCUUAAAAGACAUUCAGCUGUUUGUUUUCAUACAAAUUUCUAUGGGGGAACUCUUAGGGAAUGACCUUACCUUACACAUCAGUGCCAUCACUGUAGACACUUCUCUGAGGUGAACGAAGGGUACCUUAAUUAUUUACACAAAUGAACUCUAGUUGCUUCAACAUAUUUUACGAUCGUGUUUCCAUCUUAAAAAGCAUAAAAUUUUAUGUUGUGUUAAAAGAUGAGGAAUCGUUGCUGGAAAGAUUGAACCAGUAUAGAGACUUGUAAAUCAUUUGAGCCCCACUUGAAUUUCAAGGCAGCAGUUUAGAUGAUGGUACCUGCACUUGUGUUGGCCACAUAAUUAGUCCUUGGCAGUUCAGCGAGUGGUAAACCAGAGCAAACAGGACUGUGUGUCUGAGAUCCCAGGGCAAAAAAAUAGGCAUGUUUUAUAAAAAAGCAGGAUACCAACAUGUCCAGCUAUAUCACGCUUCACAGUUCAUUGUUGGGGGCUGCUGUGGAGUGACUGACUCACCUGAUGGACAAAGCAAAUGUGUGAGAGUCCCUUUUCCUCUUGCCUUGCCCAGAAAUCCCUCACCCUUGCUGUACCCAUAUGGGUUGGUUUUCCCUGAGACCAUUUAAAUUAGAGCCUCCCGGACUGGAAUUUCUUCCAUAUGCUCUACCUGCUAUCGAUAAAAAUGCCAAAAAUUAGCAAGAGUUUGUGUGUUUCUUUGUGAAUCGGGCCUGCAGUUCAAUUCGGCAUUUGCAAUUUGGGGAGAUGGCGUUUGUGUCAAACUGGAGUUUAGUUUUGCCUCCCAACCCUAAAACGAGGAUGGGGUGGGUGGUGAAUUUGUUUCACUGAGCUUAAUGGAAGAGAUGCCGACAACUUCAUGGCCUAAUCUGGGACAGGAGCUGGGUAGGUGACAAUUCAGGGCACUGAGGACAGUGACAUUGACUCAGCGUGGUGUGCAGGUCUGCGUAGCAAGCUGUCAGCACAGAAACCCAUUGAAAUGCUGGUCAGGGGACUGUGAUACUAAUGGCAAUAUACCUUAGGCAACCAUGAAUACUGCAGCUAAAGAUAAAUGCAUUUGUGUAUUGUAACUCUUCACUCUAUAGGGCUUUGAGACCUUGUUAAAUUCACUUUAAACACAACAUUUUAGUAAGCAGUCAAAAAAAAAUGACCGCCAGUGCUCACCUGCAAACCAGUACCUUAUCCAUAUGUAGUGUAUGACCAUUCUGCUGUCAUAGAGGAGUUAGGGUUUCUUCUAAAGCAAAAAGACUUUGCUAUUAGCAAAAGCAGAGAUCCUAAUACUGGCUACAACUCUAUCCUUUCUCCAAGCUUUUCUGUAGUUUUUUUGUUUGCUUUUUGUGUUGUGUUUUGGGGGUUUUUUUUGCUGGUUUUUGGGUUGUUUUUUUAACACUUUUUGAAGUAUAUUACCCAGUAGUCAGUGAAAUAGGUAGCUUAAGAAUACAAAGAGCUGUUAACACUAAAGGAAGUCAUCAAAAGAGGAAGACAGUAACUGCUAAAAUAUAUAUAAGGCCUCUCCUAGAUAUACAUCUCUAGAAAACUAGGUAUUUGCAAGUGUGAUUUGUACCUGGUUCUCAGUCAUGUGCUGUCAAACAGCUGUAUUUUGAGAGGUUUUUUCUUCUUCUUUAAUCAUAAAUAUCACAUUGCACAAAUAAAAAAGUUUAAGGUAUAAGCCUGAAGAUACCGUCUGCAAUAUAUGGUAUAGCAAAAUUAUGUCUAAAAAAAACUAAAACGUCCUUAGAAAUUGCUCCAUGGUUAAAGAGAGAUUCCUGUGGAACUUGGGAAGACAUCAGGUUAGUUCGCAUCAUACCUAGUUUGCAAAUACAGAUGUUCUUAAAGGAAAUUAACUUUUGUUGUCAUAAGAUUUGCACAUAUACACAAAUAUAUAUAUAUACACAUAUACACAUGCUCACAAACACUUGUUUACAACAUGAGCCGAUUUUCUUUAUAUUUGUUGUUACGGCUUUAAGUUUCACGUUGGAAAAGGGAGUGAGACAAAGACCAAAGACUUAAAUUCAUCCCUUCUCCAGUUGCCCUCAUGCCUGAAAUGCAUUAACUUUAAUGGUGCUUUUUGAAUUGGGCAGGAAAAAUACAGGUUUAGCGCCAAGCUGCAUUUGAAAGAGUAAGUGGCAGGAAAAUUCUAACUUUGUUAACAGCAAGAAAAGGAAAUAAUGUGAAAAACCUUUAAAUGUGUGCAGAGGACAAGACUGCCUGAAAUUUGAAAUGUAAGAAAUAACCCAGCAUGCUAAAAGACAUCAUCCUGGGCUGAAAGUAUAAAUAAAUGGAGUAAAUGCUACUGGCUGUUCACCUACCUGCACUCGAGCGUUAGCAGAUCAGGAACUCCAGCAGCUCCCCAGUGAGGAUGAGCAACUGUGCCAUAAUGAUUUCAUUUUUAAAGUGCAUACAGUAAAAACAACAACAACAAGUUAAAGGUUUUAUGGCUGACAUUUUAGAUUUUGAAAUGUCAUCAUCCAGAAUUCACCCCAGCAAACUCAGGGUGUGUUCCUGCAAAGCCUUGCCAGCUACUGGAUUGGUGCUUUUCGAAUGUGAAAAUACCAACCUUUCUAUUGCCGUUGCUGUUGAGGAACACAAUCCUGGCAGCGUUUUUAUUUUCCACAUUUUAACCUUUUUCCUCAGUUCUGUAGUUGCUGUGUAAUUUUUGGGUAGCCAGAGUCCUACCCUGCAUGGGGCUGAGUGCAGGUGAUCAGCAGCCCACAGACCCCCCCAAUCGUGUUCAUAUUACCCCAAAACCUGCGUGUAGCAGUGGCACUAAGGUAAAAUUUGGGACUUCCAGGUAAAUUCUGGACAGCAAUUGCUGUGUUUUCACGGCUGAGUUUAUGGCUGAAUGGAGCGGGGUUAAACACUGACAUGGCAUUGAUGAGAUUAUUCAAGCGAGAGUGGAGUGAAUUAAACAAGGCAGGUAGGAGGGAGAGGGGAGAAAUGGCUAGAGACAUCACCCUAAUCACAGUAAUGCAGCAAAGUUCUUUCUCUGUUUACACUAUUAUACUUUAAAUUAAUACCAUCCAUUUUACUAAAUAUGGUAGCAAUUAUGCUUGAUCUUUCAUGGCGCACAGUGGAAUUACUGUCACUGAAACCACUUACAGCUUGGGCUGUUCAAUAUUGCUAGGGUAUUGCUUCCAUCCACAAUAACCACAGUGGCUUGGGGCUUGGAUGGAAAUUAUAGUGAAUAGCCUGUAUUUAGAAAGCUUUUAAGUCUGCUGUGGUUGAGAAGCCCGUGGUUAUGCACAUACAGCCCUGAGGCUUUGUCAUUUCAGACUCUCUUGUCCUGCCACUUGAAUUGCAUUGUGCCCUUGUGAAAAGCGACACACUUUCUUUAUGCAGGAAAAGAUGGAUAUAUAUAAAGCUGCAGGAUUUUUAUCCGAAGCAGAGAAGAAAAUAUAAUCAUGGUGCACCACUGAGAUUUCCCAUCCAAGUCACUUUAAACUAGAGGUGUGAGUCCCUUAAAAAUUAAUUUGCUACAAGCGUAAUUCCUGAGGGAAAGUUAUCACUGGUGCCACUAGCAGGAAAUGUCCCACCUUAUUACAGCCGGGAUUUUCUGCCACCAGUCAGUAGGGACAGACGGGCUGCCUGUUCAGAGGAAGCCGGAUUUCCUUUGAGGCAACUCAUCUCCAUAGAUCGAGUUUUUGUUAGUUUUUAAUGAGUAUUAAAAGAAGUAGGAAGGAUGUGUCCACUUUGAACCGAUAUGUAGUUAUAUGUUUGUCUCACAUUUUAUUGGUUGAAUCUUUCUGCCUGCAGGAGAAAAAUAUCAGAAGGAGAAAUUUGUGUGAAAGUCUGAGAUUUACAUUCUGCCCUGCUACCGAAUGCUUCAGAUAAAAACACACAGCCUUAGUUAAACAGUCUUUUCUUCUAAGAGUAAAAAGGAUUUUCUGGAGCCUUCAUCAGGUCCUACCCAAAUGGAAAGUCUCACCAUUUCUAAUGUAUUUGCCAUUAUAGGAAUAGACCCAUUGCAAAGCAUAGGUCACGUGCAUCUUUGCAUGUAACAGGAAUUUUAAAUUGCAUUGCGCUCUCACAUUUUUGCCCAAUUCAAAAGGCUUAACUGCUGAUAGGAGAUAAAGCAUUCCAAUGCUACUGAUAAAUGCAUUAUCGCUUUCUAAAGCAAUGCAGUUUCUUUGGUCUUUUAAAAAUUUGCUCAUAACUGAGUCCUUGAGACAUCCUGAGGCAGGCUCACCCUGGUGAGCAAAAGAAUAAUUAUUCGUGGGCGGUUCUAUUUUUAUCGAAGGCUGGAUUGUAGUUGAACAAAAUGUUGCUGUUUCUACCCCACUUAGCUGCAAACGCCACCACCCCCCAACACUACAGCAAGAUUUCUCUGGGCUAGCUCUGGGAGUUGGCUCCUUCGCUAAACCAGAGCCAGAUAAUUUGACUUCAUCUUGGUCCUCCUCUGGGCUUGAGCACUCAAUUCCAGUGCUAUUCUUGAUAUAACGGAUAAUGAAAAACUUCAGCAGUAUUAGUGAUUUUGUAGAUGAGAUGUAUCUGCAGUCUGAGCGGUAUAAAUAAUGCUGGUAGUUGUUGGUUGCUGUUCUAACAAGCCUUUGACCACCUUGAAAGCAUCAGCCGUAACUCCAGAAAGUGCAGCCAAGUAGCUCUUAAACCAGCCUCUGCUCUGUCCUGUUAAUACCUGUACAGCAUCCCAUAACCCUUUUUGUGGGUUAUCAGAGCAAGCACUGAAGGUAAAGAUGCAUGAGUCCUGCCCUUGCUUGGCAAAGUAAGAGCAUGCUAGAAACCUCAUAAAGAGCAGAUCUGAGCAAUUAUGCAGUAUAUUUGUUGAAGAAGAGCUCAGUUGGCAGCAUUCACACCUGGAUUCCUCCCUAGGUCAGAGCUUUUCUUGAGAUGGAACCCACAUCUGAACCUGGGUCUGCACUAUGCAGUAGUUAGAGAAGAGGGAAGGGAUUGAGCUGCUGGAUCUGACUCAGAUGCCUUUGGGUUUCGUUUUGGGUUUUUUUUUGCCCAUCCCUUAUUUGAAUUAGUUUCCUUGUGCACGAAUACCAAUAGAGUUGUUGAUACUAACCCAACAAAUGCUCAACAUAGGUAGACCCAACAACAAAACAACAUUCAAUGUGAGUCAAAGCAAAACUCAGUUCAUCUACAGCAGUAGCGUAACAGGCAUGACCCAUAUGCUAUAGCAGUUUUCAUCUGUGAUGGUAAAAUACCUUGUCUGACCUCUGCUCUGAUAACCACCAAUGAUCUUGACCAUGUAAACAGGACAAAAUGAAUUUAAGGUCUUAUCACAGUUCUCAGUAAGGAAUUCAGAUUUGUUUGGCUUUCUUCUUUUUAAUUUAUGUAUGUGUGUGGUUGUGUGGGAAAAUAUAAAGCUUUUUUGUAUCAAAUAACAUCAAUCCUUGCACACUCUAUGCAAAAUUUUGUAAGCAUUGCAAUAAUGCUAUGAAUUACACAAGGAACUAUUUUAACUUUAUUACACUUUCUGUAUAAAAAAAAAUUUGUAUUUAAAUGAUUUCAACUGCAAUCUUGUAAAAUAUAUUAAUAAAAUAAUGAUUGUUAAGAAGGAAA